GUGCACUGGUUAUGGCAGACUUUGUUCUCAUGCGGAUUUAAGGUGUGAAACGGGAGAAAAGGCAUGCAUAACACAUCACAUGUUUUACUCUAAAGAUCAGGAACUGAUGGACACCAAGAACAGCUCAGUAGUGACAGAAUUCAUCCUCCUUGGCCUGACCCAAUCUCAAGAUACUCAACUCCUGGUCUUUGCCCUACUUUCUGUCUUCUAUCUAAUCAUUCUCCCUGGAAAUUUUCUUAUCAUUUUCACCAUUAGAUGGGACCCUGGGCUCGCAGCCCCACUUUACUUCUUCCUGGGAAACCUGGCCUUUCUGGAUGCCUCCUACUCCUUCAUUGUAGCUCCUAGGAUGCUUGUGGACUUCUUCUGUGAGAAAAAAGUCAUUUCUUACAAAGGCUGCAUCACUCAGCUGUUCUUUUUGCACUUUCUUGGAGCGGGAGAAAUGUUCCUUCUUGUUGUGAUGGCCUUUGAUCGUUACAUCGCUAUAUGCCGUCCUUUGUACUACUCCACCCUCAUGAACCCUAGGGUCUGCUACGCCUUGCUGUUGGCUCUAUGGCUUGGGGGUUUCGCUCAUUCCAUUGUACAAGUGGCUCUUAUCGUGAACUUGCCCUUUUGUGGCCCAAACCAGCUGGAUAACUUUUUCUGCGAUGUCCCACAGGUCAUUAAGCUAGCCUGCACCGAUACCUUUGCAGUGGAGCUCCUGAUGGUCUCCAACAGCGGGCUGCUCACCCUCCUAUGCUUCUUGGGGCUUCUGGCCUCCUAUGCUGUUAUCCUUUACCACGUCAAAGGACAUUCUUCUGAAGGGAAAAGCAAAGCUAUCUCUACGUGCACCACCCACAUAAUCAUUGUGUUCCUCAUGUUUGGGCCAGCCAUUUUUAUCUACACCCGCCCCUUCCAGGCUCUCCAAGCUGACAAAGUUGUUUCUCUCUUUCACACAGUCAUCUUUCCUCUCAUGAAUCCUGUCAUCUACACUCUUCGCAACCAGGAAGUGAAAACGUCUAUGAGGAGGUUGUUAAAUCGCUAUGUGGUUUGCUGACUGGAUAGAAGGAAAGGAAAACAAGAAAGUGAGAAAAUGCUGUUUAAAUAAAUCAAACUGUGUGUUUAUGAAUACAUCGAAUCAGUUCCUUAGCAAAUACUGUGUUAUAUGCUGCUUUUCUAAUGCUAUUCUGGGCACAUGGAUAAGACAGGCACAAUUCUAGGUCUCCCAGGGUUAUAUUCGAGUGAUGUGUUUGAAGUCAAGCGCAACUAUUAAACUAGAAAAGCCUCACCAGAACCAGUGCUCUGGUAUUUACAGAAUAGUAUUAUGCUAGCUAUAGA